ACGCACUACGGUAAAGGGUGGACUUUUGUUGUCUGCUGGAGCUGGAGACAGACAGCUGAGAGUGAAACAGCCGUGGUGUGUUUGAGUGUGUGUGUGUGUUUAGUGCUUGAAAUUCAGACGCGCUGCACGGCGUCUCGUCCAGAAACCCAAGACGACAACCAAGAAGCGUCACUUGGAUUACUGUCAGCAGGUCCAAAGCCCGAACACAUUUGUUUUUUUCCCAAGAAAACUGUUAGGGCACAGGCAAAAACAUCGCAUUUUCACCUUUUAAAAGCAGCAGUCUUCUCGGAAGGGGCCGCACCUUCAGCUGAACAUCAUCCAGUGAUCAUGCAGGAUUGAGGAGACGGAAUCCUGAUGGUGAACCUGGUCUCAAGAUCUACAUGAUCUUCUGGACGUGAAGGUCAACAAAAGCUGCAGAGCAGACGAGAUCAAGAAAGACUGGAAGACAAGCUAAGAAGUGAACGAAGGAAGGAAGGAAGGGGUUGGUUGGACUGGCUGAAGGGGAAAACCGAAGGGCUGGAUGCAAGCCUUUAUUCAUCCUAGAAGUUCCCAGGUUCCUCAGAGAUGGCCUCCAACUUCAACGACAUUGUCAAGCAGGGCUAUGUCCGUAUGCGGAGCAGGAAACUGGGGAUCUAUCGGCGCUGCUGGCUGGUGUUUAAGAAGUCGUCCAGUAAAGGACCUCGCAGACUGGAAAAGUACCCUGAUGAGAAGUCGGCCUACAUCAGAGCCUGUCCUAAGGUGACAGAGAUUAGUAAUGUGAAGAACAUCACAAGAUUGCCUCGUGACACAAAGCGGCAAGCCGUGGCCAUCGUCUUAACAGAUGACACCUGUCGAACCUUCACCUGUGACUCAGAGCUGGAGGCUGAAGAGUGGUUCAAGACCUUGUCUAUCGAGUGCCUGGGGAUGCGUCUUAAUGACAUCAGUCUUGGAGAACCAGACCUCCUGGCCGCUGGAGUUCAGUGUGAACACACAGAGCGCUUUAACGUGUUCCUGUUGCCCUGCCCUAAUCUUGACAUCUAUGGGGAGUGUAUGAUGCAGAUCACGCAUGAAAACAUCUACCUGUGGGACAUUCACAACCCACGCACCAAGCUAGUCACCUGGCCGCUUUGCUCGCUUAGACGCUAUGGACGGGAUGCUACACGCUUCACCUUCGAGGCUGGCAGGAUGUGUGACAGUGGGGAGGGCCUGUACACUUUCCAGACACGAGAAGGAGAGCAGAUCUACCAAAGGGUUCAUUCUUCCACUCUAGCUAUAGCUGAGCAACAUAAGAGAGUCCUCAUGGAAAUGGAAAAAAACAGCAAGCUUUUAUCUAAGGGUUCAGAGGGGACGUCCUACCCCUGCACCCCAACAGCAAUCUUACCACGAAGUGCUUUCUGGCACCACAUCACCGGAUCACAGGCUGGAGUAGACACUGCCAACGCUGAGACUGAACUGUGUAUAGGUGACAUCUACGGUGAUACUCAGUCGGGAGUGGACACUGACCUCUUCUCGAAACACCUUCCUCCAGAACGACACUCAAAUCUUCCUGUGGGCCACAGCUGCCCCCAACCCCCAACACACUACCCCACAUACCCCAGCGAGUGAGCGGCAUUUAGCAGCGAUGAAUCCUUCCAGUUUUCACCUCUUGACCUCCCUCCACACUGCACUCUGCCCUACGUUUUUCCAUCAGCUCUUCUUCAGCAAGGGGAAGAUCCAUGCUGCCAUGCUGCCUCAGUUCCCCCUGAGCCUGCCAGCGACGCUGAGGGCGCUUUCUGUGGAAUGAGGGAAUGCACUGUGAUUGGAACAGGGCUCACAGACCUGAGAGAUGCUGGAACUGGCUCAGUCGCCUUCACAGUGCAAUAUGGUCACUCUUGCUGGGUUUCUGUGGAAGUAGAGACUGUACACUGUAGGUUCUUCUCAAUAGUUUCUCUUACUCUAACUCGAAUCUCAUGCACGCUCUUCAACCCUAUGCAUGUCCCCCAAGGUAAACGGUUUAUCCACAGAGGGGUUUUUUAGACUCCUGUAGAAGCCCCAACACAAGAGUGUGUCCAACAAACCACAGCGGCCCGGAGGAAGGUCUGCCAGAGUUUCAUCUUAAACAGUUCUGCUCUUCAGUAGGAGUAAUCCAGAGCGUCUGGAAGACUUUGCAAGCCCAGAGGACUUUGAGGAACCAGGAGCACUUUCUGAAAGUGGCAUUUCGUAUGGUUAUGCGUGAUUGUUUCUCCUUUUCCCUUUCUUUAAAGUAACUUAAAUGGACAGUUCUGAUGUACAAAACUGUCUGUCCGGUCUCUGUGUCAUUUAAUGAAGAAAGCCAUUUGGACAGAGGUGAGGGUUAGACUCGCUCAUGUGCUUUGUGCUCUUGUUGAUCUUUUCAGAGAGACUGAUUCACCGUUUUAUCUGGAAGAUGUCAUGAGGGUCAAGAUUAUGAUUAUACCCAGCUGAGAUGGUCUAAGGAAUUAUUUAUUUAUUUAUUAAAGUUUACCAACAAAGCACAAGACAAAUUGCAGCGUUUCCUUUAGCAGCUCAGUAAAUCUGUAUGUAAAAGGGUUUAUGCUAGAACUGUAAAAGAGAAAAACAUCUUGAAUAAGGUGGCAGGCCUCACAUGAGACAUGUUUCUAGUUUUGCUUGUCAACUAUUUCCAGUAAUUUCCAUGAAAUUAAGGCUAUCAUUAUUGCUUUUAUUUCUCAGGAGACAUUUGUAUUAUGUGGCUGCAUCAUGUGUUCAAUCUGUUCCUGUGUUUCUCAAGCUGCAACUCUCAAUUUAAGACUCUAUACAGUAUGUUGGAGCAGUUCAUGCACGUGUAUAAUGAGCUGGGUUGCUCAUUGUAGUUUGAUUUAAUCUGAUCGACCAGCAUGGUUAAGCUGGUUAACCAGGACAGUCCUGCUGGUUAAGCAUUUUUAGCUGGGCCCUAAUUGUUUACCCAUCACGUCCUGUACUCUCUCUACUAUCCAUAUAAACACAAGUGUCAUAAAGGCCAAAAACAAAAUAAACACACUGUAAUAUG